GUUGCUCGUCGUCGCAUGCGUACACGUAUUUUUGGUAGGUAGUUAUCCGGGCAUGUCCAUAGGUUGCGUGCCGAGAUAAACCAGUCCGUUCCAAUGACGUGUGUGGCCAGUCGCCCGUCUGAUUGGUUGCGGAGGCGGGCAAUAUCCCCGCCAACACUCAGCUACCCUCAUCACUGUUCUUGCAUGCCUUUCUCUCCCUCUAUUCCCUUGUCCACUUCUUUCCAUCUCUUGAGAACCUGCAGCUGAGUGCUGUCCCAGACCAAUGUCUCUCGCUUCUCCGCGAUGAGCAAGCCUAUUCUUCCUUUGCCUUCCUCUCAGGCUGGCUCCCACCCUGAACCCGAUCCAACACCUCCAGCACCCAUGAAGCCUACAUAUGCGAAACGAGGCAAGAUUACUAUCGUUGCCUGUCUGCCGUGUCGCAGGCGCAAGACCAAGUGCGAUGGAAAGAGACCUUCGUGCUCACAAUGUCUCGCUCGAGAUGGACAGUGUCAGUACGACAUGACCGACGAACAACGUCGUUUAACAUUUUUAAGAGAGAGUCUGGAGAGUCUAGAGGCUGAGAAGAGUGCAGCCGACUCACUGUUGUCCAUGCUCCAGCGUUACAGUGAAGAUGAUGCGAAGGAACUGCUCCGUAUAUUACGAACAAAGGCCGACUUUCGUGCUGUCGCGCGGCAGGCACAUUCCGGUCGGUUACUCCUCAAUCUCAGACCACAAUCGUCAUCUGCUAUUAACACUCAUGCGUCGGAAAACCCGAAACAUGGUCCACCCGUCCUGGCACUCGCACAACAACCUGCUCUAGAACCACGGAAGAGCCAGAGCCUUGCUCAACUCGUAGCAACCGCUCCGCCCGUUGAGUUAGAUGAGAUAGUUCGUCGUCUACGACUGGGGGAGGAGGAAUCCUCGGUUUUAGCUUCGGCGCAGGCGGGCACACUGCUUCAAACUUUGAGCCCCUGCGAUCCCACCAGCUCACCCGAUGUGGAAACGGAAUUCUCUGGCCCCGAAGCUUUUGGACUUGUUAAGGGUGCAGAGUCAAGCGUGCCUCAUGAGAGUUCACGGGACCCUGGCGCUGAAGGUCAAUUGAUAGACCAGCCUUGGACUUCUGUCACCAACGAGACCGAGCUCAUAGAGCACCUCCUCGCACUAUAUUUUACCUGGCAGCACCCCUUAACACCGAAUUUUCCAGAGGAGCUGUUUAGAGCUGACAUGGCCUCGGGUCAGACGAAGUAUUGUUCAAGACUCCUCGUCAAUGCUGUAUGCGCAGCCGGUUGUCUCUUUUCUCCAAAGUCGCAGGAACGGCACAAACCUGACGACCCACAUACGACCGGCACAGAUUUCUUCGAUGAGGCUAUCAGCUUACUAAAUCAAGAACGAACGUCUAGCCUGCCCACUGUCGCUGCUUUGUCUAUCUUGUCACAUUUUGAAGGAAAUCAUGGCCGCCUCAGCUCGUCAUGGCAUUACAGUGGCCGUAGCUCGCGGAUGGCACUUGAUCUAAAUUUGCAUCUACGGAGCGAUAAGACGGCAUCCGACAAUCUCAGCCCUACGGCAAACAUCGAAGAAACAGCGCGUACUCAUGUUUUCUGGAGCUGCUUCGUCUCUGAUCAAAUCAGUAGUUUUACCCUUGGCCGCUUACCGAUGAUCCCUACGAAUGCUAUAACAGUGGAUUUGCCGACGGGUAAUCCAAAACGGGAUGAAGAAAAGUGGACGGCACACGAUGUCGAAGGCUCAAAACCGGGAGCCAGAGCUGCAACAUUCAGGCAACUCGUUAACCUAUCAAAAAUCGUCAAUUCUACUCUUCAGAUGUUCUUCGCACCAUCCCAAGCAAUGAGUGGCAGCCUACUCCUUGAAGAAUACCAAAAGUACCUUCAGUGGUACGCGAAGCUACCAUCUAUCGUGUCUUCGCUUUCAUAUGCUGUACCUCACAUUCUCACUCUCCACAUGUAUUAUCACGCAGCCGUGCUGCUCCUUUUUCGACCCUUUUUGAAAGCUGAACUCACUGACUCGGAUAUUUCGCCGCGGGAAAUAUGCCGGACUUCAGCGAACGCCAUUUCCGAUUUAUUCGCACAGCACCGUCAGCUCUACGGGCUUGUUGGCAUCUUUACCUUUCAAAUGCAUUGCCUGCUGACUGCGUGCACAAUCCACAUCAUCAACUUACCGUCUGUUUCUGCUACGAAUCAUCUGGCUUUUGCUUGUAACAGCUUUCAGGACCUCGUUAAGCAAAAUGCGUGGGCAGCAGGAAGCCUGAACAUCAUCAAGGGUUUGGUCCAGAAGUGGCAGAUCGUGUUACCCACCGAGGUUGAGAACACCCUGUAUCGCAAUCAAGGAGACGUUGCGACCGCCUUCGACUUCAGUAGCAGCGGUAACGACCAAGCCGAAGCGUAUCGUCCGGAAAAACGCUCCAUGUCCCUCAAUCCUUCGACACAGGUAGUGCCUAAACGGCGGCGCAUAACGUCGGUGGAAUCACGAGAACAACCUAGCAACUACUUUUUCUCUCCGUUCCCAAAUCAACCCCCUCCGCUGCUUGGACCAAUUCACACGAGCACGAGUGGAGACGUCGAAUGGAACGACGAAGUUAGCAAGAUGUCCCAGAAAGUUGACGGGUUGAACUUCUUUGGAGACGAUGGAUUCGAUCCCUUCAUGGGCUAUCAAGGAGACUGAAUUCGCGUAGCUACGAGGGGAGCUUUCGGGCUUGUACCCAUAUUUGCACUGGAAUCUACGGGAGAAACUAAACAACCACUGGCUAUGUUGAGCAGCAGUGCAUAGGUAUGAUAGUGAUUGCAUGCAACGGACCUUCCGAGGUUAGGAGCAACGUUGGUUUUGCGGAAAGAUGUCGAAACACCUACCCAAGGACCGAUCGCUUUCGGCAACCUUCGCCACGCCCGCGGAACAAUAGUUUGCUCUAUUGUGCGAGGAAAGUGAGAUUGAAAUAGGAGUGCGUGUGGAGCAACUAGCAGCACGCUACCAAUGUCU